CCGGAUUCUCGGCCGUAGGUAGCAGAGGCCGGGGCCUGGGCCUUGUCCUGUGCGUGGGGACCACUACCUCGCCAUGGCGGCUCCCGGGCGCCUCCUGAUCCGCGGUGGGCGUGUGGUCAACGACGACGCCUCGCAGGUGGCCGACGUGCUGGUGGAGGACGGCGUGGUGCGGGCGCUCGGGCACGACCUGCUGCCGCCCGGGGCCGCGCCCGCGGGGCUGCGGGUCCUCGACGCCGCGGGAAAGCUCCUGCUGCCCGGGGGCAUCGACACACACACGCACAUGCAGUUCCCGUUCAUGGGCUCACGGUCGGUGGACGACUUCCACCAGGGCACCAAGGCUGCCCUGGCUGGAGGCACCACCAUGAUCAUCGAUUUUGCCAUUCCUCAGAAAGGAGGCUCCCUGAUCGAGGCCUUCGAGACCUGGCGCAGCUGGGCUGACCCCAAAGUCUGCUGUGACUACAGUCUUCACGUGGCAGUGACGUGGUGGAGUGACCAGGUUAAGGAAGAAAUGAAAAUCCUAACUCAAGAGAAAGGUGUUAACUCUUUUAAGAUGUUUAUGGCCUAUAAAGACCUGUACAUGGUGGGAGACGUGGAGCUGUAUGCGGCCUUCUCACGGUGCAAGGAAAUUGGAGCCAUUGCUCAGGUCCAUGCAGAGAACGGAGACUUAAUUGCAGAGGGAGCAAAGAAGAUGCUGGCUUUGGGAAUAACAGGCCCUGAGGGCCAUGAGCUGUGCCGCCCAGAAGCAGUGGAGGCAGAGGCCACGCUGAGAGCCAUCACCAUUGCCAAUGCUGUGAACUGCCCCCUGUACAUCGUGCAUGUGAUGAGCAAGUCUGCAGCCAAGGUCAUUGCCGAUGCAAGGAGAGACGGGAAGGUGGUCUAUGGAGAACCCAUAGCAGCAAGUCUCGGCACUGAUGGCACUCACUAUUGGAAUAAAGAAUGGCACCACGCAGCCCACCAUGUUAUGGGCCCACCCCUGAGACCAGACCCUUCAACGCCCAGCUUCCUCAUGAAUCUGUUGGCUAAUGAUGAUCUAACCACAACAGGGACUGACCACUGCACUUUCAACACCUGCCAGAAGGCUCUUGGGAAGGACGACUUUACUAAGAUUCCCAAUGGCGUGAAUGGUGUUGAGGACAGGAUGUCAGUAAUAUGGGAGAAAGGCGUGCAUAGUGGUAAAAUGGAUGAAAACCGAUUUGUUGCAGUUACCAGCACCAAUGCAGCCAAGAUCUUUAAUCUUUAUCCAAGAAAAGGAAGAAUAGCUGUAGGAUCAGAUGCUGACAUUGUGAUUUGGGACCCAAAAGCCACAAGAACCAUCUCAGCAAAAACUCAUCAUCAAGCUGUCAACUUCAACAUCUUCGAGGGCAUGGUUUGCCAUGGGGUGCCACUUGUGACUAUUUCAAGAGGCAAAGUGGUGUAUGAAGCCGGAGUCUUCAACGUCACAGCGGGAGAUGGGAAGUUUAUUCCUCGCAAGCCCUUUGCAGAAUAUAUUUACAAACGAAUCAAGCAGCGAGACCAGCUCCCUCGGGUGCAUCCGGAGCACCAAGGUGGAGGGGGAGGACGCUCAUGCUCAUCAACCUCUGCUCCAAGCACACACACGUGAGAGUUUCCAUGAGUGAAUUAGAGAACCAAGCAGUCUGGAAGCCUCUAAUUGGGUCCAACUCUUCUGAUUUUCAGGUUAAACAGAGAUUAAAUACGAUUUAGCAUUUCCACAUGAAGUCUGUGAGAGAGCUGGCACUGUGGCCUGCUCACUUAACUCCCUCCCAUCUCUUCCCACUGCAGUGUCCAGAGAACCUGAGUGGGGCCUGGGAGGGUGGGAGCAAGUGCAUGGGGAGAGAUCAGGAAGUGUUUUCUGACUGUGGAAUUCUGGGGAGCAGGGGCGUGAAGGGGAAUGCAGGUGACUCUUGAAGCUUCAAGGGUAGGAAGUUUUUUUAUGAUUUAUUUGAGAGGCAUAAACAGGGAAAGAGAUCUAUCAUUUGUUGUUUUACUCCCCAAAGGCCACCGCAGCAGCCAGGGCUGGGCCAGGCUGAAGCUAGAAGCUAGGAACCCAAUCUGGGCCUGCCAGGAGGGUGGCAGGGACCCACAUUGUUGAGUUGUCACCUGCUGCAUCCCAGGGUCUGCAUUAGCAGGAAGCUGGAGUCAGGACUGGAACCAGGAAUUGAACCUCGGGUUCUUAUUUGGAGCAUGGGACUUGAACCACUAGUUAAAAUGGCUGCUCCGGGAAAGAUCUUUUUGGGUAAAAGGAGGGCUUAGACAGGGGGAGUGUGAGUACUAAGGUGGGGAAAUAGACAAGGAUCACAUGAAUGGCUUCCUGGGAUGUGUGAACUCACUAGGACUCAGAUCCAACUGGCUGGCAGGUGACGCACGAAAGCCUCAGGUUAGGGGGCAGCAGAUGGACUAACGUGCUCAGACCCUGCCUCCGAGCACACCGUGGACAGGUCACUCUGCCUCUCUGUGCCUCAGCUUCCUGGUCUACAGAACAACACUAGCAUCAGCAACACUGGAAUAAGUGAAAUAAUACACGAAAAGCCAGUGCCUGGUCCCUGCCAAGGGCUCACCACAUAAUCACUAUUAUGACGAACUGAAUGGAAUCAAGAGAGGGGCGGGCCUUGGCUAAGUUACUUGAUAGCAGUCCCAGAAUUAGAAACCAGUUCCUGCAAUUUUUAUUUCAAUGUCCUUCCUUUCAUCACUUCUUAUGUUUUAAAACAGCAUAUUAUUAUUUAUUUUCUAGGCUAUAUUAGCAUUUCCACUCACAAGACAUAGUGUUCUUACUGUUUCAGUACAAACAUACUUGCUCAAUGGUUUCCUUUUGCAAAAACAGUUUUGAUUGAUUUCAUUCACGCCCUAAUUAAUAUAUCACAUUUACAGUGAGUGCACCACUUACUUUGAAAAAAACCAGAUUUUCAAUUUCCAGGUCUUCAGCCCCUGCCAUUGCAGUCUGACUCCAAACUGUAAGAAAUUAUAUCUGACAUUUAGAAUGAAAUAACUAUUCUGAUUGCUUCUUUGUGUCUGUGGAAAAACCAGCAUUUAUUUUGACCAAAUGUUAUCUUUUCCCCUUUUCAUCAAAUAAAUCAUACUCAUGGCCCGA